UUCCCCUUACGAGUGUUCCGUCAGUCGGCAUCCCUGGAACGUUUUCCAUUUUUGUUUACCUUUUAACGGAGCACCUGGCCUGGAAAGUCUGGGUGUUGAGCAGAGUAUUUAUCACUUCUUGAAGUCUCUGGGACUCUCUUCCUCUUCUCUGGUCAUCAUCUACCCUGCAGUAUCGACAAACAUACGCGCAGGAAACGGCUGCCAUCAUGGAUAUCAUGUCGAUUAUCUCGCAGGACAACUGCAAGAAGAUGUCUGAGCCUUCCACUGGACAGUUUGCCGUAUCAUGUGCACUACUAGCCUGGCUCCUGAUAUCCUACAUCCCCCAAUUCGCGCGCAUCAUCUCCAGAAAAUCCGCAGAAGGUCUCUCAACCCUCUACAUUCUUCUCGGCAGCAUCUCCGGAACCUGUGCAGUGGCCAACAUCAUGGUGUUACCUGCUUCCCAAACCGACAUCUCUUGUUGCAGACAUUACACACGCUUCGGCUGCAUCUCCCGCCUAUUAGGAAUCUUCCAAGUCGUCAGUGGAGUAUCACUAUUCUGGUGCAUCAUGUUCCUUUACGUCUACUUUAGCGAAGAAGAAGCAGAUGCACAAUUACACGGCAGAAGAAGAAGUUUAUCAAGUCCUGAUCGCACAUUUCGCCGCGCAAAGAGAGCGAUUAGAUUGUUGAUUACCGUGGUGGCUUUUGCGUUUGGAGUCUUGAUGGUUAGUGCGGUGGUGUUGAAGUGCUUUCCUUGGUAUAGUCAGGAAUGGGCUAAUGUGUUGGGGGUUUGUGUGGCGGGGUUUGCGUGUGUGCAGUGGGUGCCGCAGGUGUGGACGACUAUUCAUCUGGGCCAUUUGGGGAGUUUGAGUUUGGCGAGUAUUUGUAUGGGUGCGCCUUAUACCUGGAUCUUUGGCAUCAACAUGAUCAUUCGACUUGGUCUCUCUGGCUGGUCUGUCUGGAUCGUCUACGUCCUCGUCGGCGUCAUGCAAUUCAUCCUCAUCAUCACCGCCAUCAUCUACAUGAUCCGCGAUCGCCGCAAAGCCCGCCGCGCAGACGCCACUUCAGCAACAGCAAACAGCUCAAUCAAAAGGGAUGUCUCGGAAUCUCCUAGCAUCAGAGCACUGAGACCGCAACUCGAUCGCUGGAAUAGUUUUGCUGCUGCUGCUGCUGCUGCUGCAGAGGGUCAGAGUGAGAGAACGCCUUUGUUGGCAGCGAGGAAUGCUCAUGUUGAGGAGACUGCGAGUCCGAGACGUGUUUGUCAGACGGGAGAUGUACUGUCAUCGGGGCAAGUUAUGGACGUCACGAAUAAUGAAGAGUCAGAAAUGUCUCCUUCAAGAUGGUAGAAGAGACUACGGGGCACAGGUCUGCAAAAGGAUAGACAUUGAUAUUGGCAUAACGAAAGACGAUACAUGGUUAAGGUACAUAUUAUGGAUGGCGAGUCAAACAUGGAAUACACGCGUUGAUAGGGAUGGGCUUUCUACACGAUACAACGAA